AUGGACGAUGACUCUGAAAUAACCAAUACGGACCAGGGCCUUCUUCUGCAUUACGCUACCCCCGCUUCUUCAUGGUCCGAGGCUCUUCCCAUUGGCAAUGGCCGACUGGGAGCUAUGGUUUAUGGACGAACAUCCACCGAACUACUGCAGCUUAACGAGGAUUCUGUUUGGUACGGUGGUCCACAGGAUAGGACACCUCGGGACGCAUACAGUAAUUUGGGAACCCUGAGACAACUCAUCAGAGAUGAAAAGCACAAAGAAGCUGAAGCUCUUGUACGGGAGGCCUUUUUUGCAACGCCAGCUAGUAUGAGACACUACGAGCCAUUGGGCCAGUGUACAAUUGAGCUUGGUCAUGACGAGAAGAAUGUCAGCAAUUACACACGCCAACUCAACCUGGUCACUUCCCAAAGCACGACAAAGUAUGACUACAAAGGGGUUUCGUAUCGUCGCGAUGUGAUCGCAAGUUUCCCGAACAAUGUCUUGGCCCUUCGAUUUCAAGCUUCGGCACCUACACGAUUUGUCGUGCGUUUAAAUCGACAGAGUGAGGUUGAAGGGGAGACCAAUGAGUAUCUCGACAGUAUCCGUGCACAGGAAAACAACAUUAUUCUCCAAGCGACACCAGGUGGAAAGAACAGCAAUCGACUAGCCCUUGCUCUCGGUGUCUCAUGCAAAUACAGCAGUGGAACUGUCAAGGUAAUCGGAAAUUGUCUGAUCGUCAACGCAGAGGAAUGUGUCAUUGCUAUUGGUGCACAUACAACUUAUCGGUCUUAUAACCCAGAUGCGUCUGCGCUUAGAGACGUCAACUCGGCUCUUCGAGAAUCUUGGGACACUUUGAUCAGUCGUCAUCGACAGGAUUAUAGCAGACUCUUUGGGAAAACUUCACUUCGGAUGUGGCCAGACGCGAGCCAUGUCCCAACCAACGAAAGAAUACAAAGCAACAGAGAUGCUGGUUUAGUGGCGCUUUAUCAUAACUACGGUCGGUACCUACUCAUCUCGUCGAGUCGCAAGUCAGCAAAGGCUCUUCCUGCCACUUUGCAGGGUAUAUGGAAUCCCUCAUUUGCGCCACCAUGGGGAUCCAAGUUUACAAUCAACAUCAACCUUCAAAUGAACUACUGGCCAGCUGCAUCUUGCAACCUGAUCGAGUGUGCAAUCCCACUCAUUGACCUUCUCGGGAGAAUGGCUGAGAAGGGCAAGAGGACAGCCAAGAUUAUGUACAACUGCAGGGGCUGGUGCGCGCAUCACAACACAGAUAUCUGGGCAGAUACCGACCCUCAGGAUCGCUGGAUGCCGGCGACUCUGUGGCCACUUGGUGGAGUCUGGCUCUGCAUUGACUUGGUAAAGAUGCUCAUAUAUCAGUAUGAUCACAUGCUCCAUAUUCGUAUCGCUCCUUUACUUGAAGGGUGUAUUCAAUUUCUCCUUGAUUUUCUGAUUCCAUCAGCUUGCGGAAAGUAUCUGGUUACAAACCCUUCUUUGUCUCCGGAAAACACGUUUAUAUCCGACUCGGGACAAACUGGAACGUUCUGCGAAGGAUCAGUCAUGGAUAUGACUAUUGUACGAAUUGCUCUAGAAAGCUUCAUCUGGAGCACGAGUAUUCUUAAUAAGGAGCACCCACUUCAGAAAGAGGUCAUGGCGACCCUUGGUAAACUACCGCCCUUUCGUAUCAACAAGAGUGGCGUGAUACAAGAAUGGGGCUUGAGAGAUUAUAAAGAAGCUGAGCCAGGACAUCGCCAUGUCUCCCAUCUCUUCGGACUCUACCCUGACGACUUUAUCAGCUUGGAUUCUUCCCCAGCAUUGGUCGAAGCUGCAAGAAAAACCCUCGCUAGGAGAGCUGAACAUGGAGGAGGCCAUACGGGCUGGAGUAGGGCGUGGCUUUUGAACCUCUAUGCACGAUUGAGAGAAUCAGCCAAAUGUGAGGAACACAUGGAUUUACUACUGAGUGCUUCAACUUUGCCAAACAUGCUGGAUAACCAUCCGCCAUUCCAGAUAGACGGUAAUUUUGGGGGCUGUGCUGGCGUGACAGAGUGCUUGAUACAGUCUAAUCUGAGACCUGAUGAGUUGUCAAGUCAGGUCGUCAUGAUAUAUCUCUUACCAAGCUUGCCCUCGUCUUGGAGCAAUGGGAAGUUGAGUAACAUCAGAGUCAUGGGAGGCUGGCUGGUUUCUCUGGAAUGGAGAGAAGGUCAACUCACACAGCCAUUGCUCUUGGAGUCUACGGUAAAUCAUGCUCCAAAUGCUCUUGUUGUUUUUCCAAAUGGGAAGCGAGUACCUGUAAUGAAGAGUAAGGGACAGCAAAAGGUGUGGUAUUAG